AUCUGUGCUCCGCCCAGGAUUCUCGGGAGUCUUGACGUAUAGGCAGAGGGUGCUUGGAUGGCCCUUGGAGGAUCCCUGGAAGCCAACUUGCUCACCCUUGACUGUCCUGAAAGCUCCCCGCCUUGAUGACCCCAAGUUGUGCCCAUCAGAUCUUGCCUCCUUAUUUUGCACAGGCCUAGACUGUUCACUGCGUUGCGAUGGAGACUUUGUCCCUGGAGCAUCAGAUUCAAAGUGUGCAAAGACACAUCGCCUUCCUCAAAAAGGAGCAGAUGAAACUCCUCCAUGAUUUGCAUCUGGAGAUCCUACGCUUACAAAAAUACUGCACAGAGCUGACCCAUGAUCUUGAAGUGAAGGAAUUGGAAGCCAGCCAGCAAGAUAUAAUAGACCAGGAAUUGGAAGAAAAGUGCAAGAUCAUGGAAACCCAGUUGAAAGAGAAAGAGAAGGACAAUCUAGAAUUGCACAAGGAGCUGAGGCAUAAAGAGAGCUUGGUAGCAGCCCUCCGAUCCAACUUGAGGAACAAAGAGAGGAAGUUCUUAGAAGAGCUCAAGAGGAGAAGCCACCGAGUUACCGUCCUCAACACAGAGCUGCAGAAGCAGACUGAGGCCGCAGCUUACCUCUCCCUCCAGCUUCAUUCAACCAAACAAAAACUUCACAGUUCCCGGCAGAGGAGCACGCCCCUGCCUGAGAGACCCCCGGUGAAAACGUCCAUCCCUCAACCCAGCGCUGAGGCUAGGCCCAAAAAACGGACUCAGAAGUCCCACGCCCGUCGGCAGGUGAGCAGCACUUUCCACUGCAAAGGUACCUUCAAGGACAUUGUGGCUCGUGAGAGGCUAAGCAGUUUUGAAGAAGUCGAACCCAUGCCCGACCCAGCUCUUUUUUUAUACACCAAACGAUACCACCCUCCGUUCCGUCAUCAGAAAUCAGAGCAUAGCACAUCAGGUUUGCCCACCAAGGAAGGCCCUGGGCAGGGUGACCCAAAGGGCAAUUGGAAAAAAUCUUUUCAGCAGCUCCCUGAAGAACCUACAGGAGCUGAGAGAAACAUCAGAACUUUGGGUCAACGUCAGCCAUCUUCCAAAGAGGAACCACAGGAGCGAAAUAGCACUAGUGCUCACCCUUCAAAAGACACUGAAUAAAGGACCAGAGGGGGAAAGUAUGCCACCAUUUUGAAGUAGCUUGUCAGUAGGAACUGAUCGGCUCAAGCACAUCCAUCAAUCUAGAGCCACGGGGCACGGAAUGUUCCACUCCUAAAGCCAUUGAGAUGCCACCAUCUUUGACUGUUACCUAAUUUAAAACACCGACAUGCUGUAGCUGUGCAUCCCCUGGGAAUGGGGUCAGUAGGAGUGGACUGACCCAACCACCAGGAGGGCAAUGGAGUCAUCUGCUUUGGUUACAAUAAGCAACCUUGCUCCAUGUUUUGGCGAAAAGGAUCAGAAAAGUGAAUCUCAAGUAUUUGUGCCUUGCUUGCUGGUUUUGGUUUUCCUUUUUUAAACUCUGAUGGGAGCUUUCCCAUUGGCACGGGAAUCUGGCUUUCAUCAGCAAGCACUAAAGCCAGCAUCUGGGAUUCACCUAUGUUGAAUGUGUGUGGUUUACCCCUCUCAGUUGAGUGUGGUUUGGUUUAGUUUGACAUUUCAAUACUUAGAAUAUCAUCCAUUACUGGAGAAGAUGGCCAUGAAUGUGAGUGUCUGGGGGAAAGAUUGCUUUUCUAGGAUAUACAGGGAAAGGAUAGGGUGUUUUGGAAUAUAUAUUUUGAGCAAAGCAGGGAUGUGCAACCUCAGGCCUAGGGUUACAAUGGUUCUGAAAACUUUCAGUAUGACUGCUCAAGAUCCUCAAAAAUUGCCACCACAUUGUAAUUUCUAAAACAACUGAAAUGGGAAGUUAUUAAAACCAUGGAGAGAAAUCAUAUUAAUUGUGUGUAACACCAUAAAUUAAAAUUAGUUAAAUGUAAUUAUAAAUUCAACUAAACUG